AAAAGUCCCACCAUUGCCAACUUUGUGGAAAAAGCUUCUUGGCGGCAGGAUCUCUCAAAGCACACCAACGCAUUCACACAGGAGAAAAACCAUACAAAUGCCAUCAGUGCGAGAAAGCUUUCUCACAGGCACAACAUCUCAGACAACACCAAAAAACUCUUAGAGUACACCAACGCAUUCACACAGGAGAAAAACCAUACAAAUGCCGUCAGUGCGAGAAAGCCUUCUCACAUGCACAAUGUCUCAGACAACACCAACGUAUUCACACAGGAGACAGGCCCUUCCAUUGCCAACUCUGUGGGAAAAGUUUCACACGUGUAGAAAAUCUUAGAGUACAUCAACGCAUUCACACAGGAGAAAAAACAUACAAAUGCCAUCAGUGCGAGAAAGCUUUCUCACAGUCAGGAAAUCUCAGACAACACCAACUUAUUCACACAGGUGUCAAACCAUACAACUGCCAAAUCUGUGAGAAAAGUUUCUCACAGUCAGGACAUCUCAGGAAACACCAACGCAUUCACACAGGGGAGAGGCCACACUACUGUCAACUCUGUGGGAAAACGUUCUCAGACACAAGGGAUCUGAGACGACACAAACACAUUCAUACUGGAGAGAAACCAUAUAAAUGUCAAUUCUGA